AUGAACCUAAUAUACAUCCCAACCGCACCAAUCUACCUAACCGUCCUCCAAAAAUCCCGCAACCUCACCACUACCAUAUCCUCCCCCUCCAGUAACAAAGGCAAAGGCACCUCCUGUAUCUGGAUGGGCCAGACCGUCCUCCUUGACAUUCCCGCACCAGGGGUAAAGGCAAAACCUAACGAGCACAACAUUAAGACACUCUCUCACCUUCAAGUCGGUGACCGGAUCCAGGCAGAGGGGUUGAUGAUGGUUCAGUGUGUGAUUCAGAAUGAUAGAAGGGGGAGGCCGGAGGCGUCGAUGUGGUUGUCGUUCAAAAUUCAGUAUGAUUGGACGUUCCUUGGUAACCCUGGCGAGGACAAUGAGGAUGCCGGUGAUGAGGAGGGUGAAGACGAUGAUGAUGAUGAUGGAAGCGAUUAUGGUGACAGCGACACCAACAAGUUCAACCAACCCAAGGCCGGGACCAGCAAGGACCACCCAGUCCAGUACAACAAACGAGUCCGAAAAAGAAGCGUUGUCAGCCCUGCGGGUAGACUCUCAGUCAGUUUCAGCUCUGAUACUUUUGACUACUUGGCAAAGGGUGAGGAGUCGCAGUUGAAGAAGGCAGGUAUGGAUGUGGAUGAGGGCAAGACUGUGGCGGCCAGCGGUAUUAAUGGCAAACCCAAGGUCAAAGACGAGUCGGACGACAGUGAGAAUUCCGUUAACGGCUAUGAGGAUUUGAGCGACGAACACGACGACGAAGAUGAUGAGGACGAUACCCUACCCAAGCAGACGAAACAAGCCGUAAAACUGACAGCAGCUCCAGUGCCACCGCCAUCAUCCAUGACUGUUGAUACCAACGCAACUGCAACAGUGGUGACAGAAGGGACAAAGACGACAACGACGAUCAAGGCAGAGACUGUACUGGUAACACCUGCUUCCCCAACGGUGAAUUCGGUGACUGCAGCAGCAGCGAUGGCCAUGACAAAUUCUGUGACAACGGCGAUGGCAAUUGUCAGGAAGCGACCAGAGUAA